CACGUGUGGCUCGGUUUAUUUGUGCUCUUUAUGUUAGGUCAGUGUCCGCAGACUGUGCGCUGUCUGCAUUAGUUUGGCCCGGAUUAUGCUGCCUACACAAUAUGCUUUUGUUGUGAAAAGAUAUGAGUCGGAAGAUGAUGACAAGAGGACUGUGUUGGCUGUACUCCUCUGACGCUAAAGAAAGAACUUAUGGAGGAAAGUUGUAGUGAAAUGAAUCGGAGCGCUGAGCGGAGGUCCGUGUGGCGGUGAGCAACGGUCAGAGGAGCGGUCAGAGCAACGGUUAGAGCAGUGGGACUGAGAGCCCACACAGGCUCGCACCGCGCUGCUCCGGGGACACCGGGGAGCGCUCUUUAGGGAAGCGGGGAACAAAGAGCUCUUCCCUCGACUAUUGUUACUGAGAGGCAGCGCGCACAGCUCCGGACUGUGAAGUGAGAAACUACGUUCUGUGGAACAUAUGACAUUACAUUUGUUCUUUGUUGUUGGGAAGGAGCACGUGGACGUGGUUUUGCUAACGUCAACACAAAAGUUCACUAGUUUCACGUUAGUGCACGAACUGAAUAAAUCCAGUCUAGCUGUCAUAACUGUUUUACCGAAGCAUAACGGUCUAGCUUCACGAGCAUUUUGCUGCUCGUAAUCUCAUGUUUUCUCAAAGAUUUUCAUACAGCUCCACCGUGACACAAGGUCCCGCCGGAGUGCGCGCUCCUCUCAACUUUCCCCACGAAGAUCCGGUACAUAAGCGCACUGAAGCAUCUCUGGAAGGACCACACGAGUGACCAGCCUGCCUCUGCGCCUGCCUCUGCGCCUGCCUCUGCGCCUGCCUCUGCGCCUGCCUCUGCGCCUGCCUCUGCGCCUGCCUCUGCGCCUGCCUCUGCGCCUGCCUCUGCGCCUGCCUCUGCGCCUGCCUCUGCGCCUGCUGACCUCCUCUCUACUCCCGCCAUGACCUCCGGGAGCGGGAGCAGCCAACACAGCGGAGAGCGCAAACCGGAGCAGCCCCCAAGCAAGUCCCACAUCCUCACCCACCUCAUCGAGGGCUUUGUGAUCCAAGAAGGAAACACGCCCUUCCCCCUGGAGCGGCCAUCCUUCUCAGUGGACUGCCUUAGCCUGAGGAGACACAGAGGGGACAUGAAAACAGACUGCCUCCCUCUCAAAGAGCUGAGGCUGCAGGAGCCCAUGCUUACCUGUGAGCUCUGUGGAAAGGUGGACUUUGCCUCUGCCUUCAAAAGGUCUAAGAGAUUCUGCUCAACAGUCUGUGCCAAACGUUACAGUGUUGGCUGCUCCAAGAGAGUGGGGCUCUUCCCAAACGCCAAAGCCUCCAUUGAGAGCAUCAAGAGGCAGAGGGAGAACACGGCCCUUAGGAGCAGUCCCCAGGAGUCCAGGAGGAGGAAGCCUGUGCCUGCAUCCUGUCACUCUCCUCAGCCUGCCCAGGGAGAGUCCAGCCAGUGUGCUGACCUGCCGUACCCCGGAGCCUCAUCCCCGCUGUCCCCCCACACGUCCCCCUCUCAGCACCUCCAUGUGGGCUCCAGUGCUCUCCCCCAUGGCCUCCUCCCGUCAGACCCUGGGCAGUGGAACGUGGACCAUGUGUACGAUUUCAUUCGCUCUCUCCCAGGUUGUCUGGACAUUGCAGAGGAGUUCCGUUCUCAGGAGAUUGACGGCCAGGCUCUGCUGCUGCUCAAGGAGGACCACCUCAUGGGCACCAUGAACAUCAAACUAGGACCAGCGCUCAAGAUCUUUGCUCAGAUCAGCCUGCUCAAAGACUCCUAGUGCAGUGCUCUAGUCCCAGCCAUCUUCCCACGGGCUGCCUCCAGAGGCCACCACCAGGGGCCUCCUCUUGCCUCUAAUGGGCCCUAAACACAUCUGUGUUCGACAUUAUGCUCUGCACUGUUAGUACCAAUCACACUGUUAGCAACCAUGAUUGUAACUGGAAAUGUUUUUGAACUGUCAUGUCUGAAGGAAUCCUCUUUAUUGGCAUUACGUGGGUCUCUUUGCUGUUGUUAAAGUCAAUGGAAGAUUUCAUUUAAGUUUAUAUUAUAGUUCAAUCAUCAGCAAAACCAGAUGUUCCAGAUCAGUAUUCAGGCCCUGUCCAAAGGCAGGCCACAGUAGCACUAUGGCCUGUAUGAUGUACUUUACUGUGAAAGACCAAAUACCGGUAUUUGUACCAGUAAAAGAAAGUCCACUGUUAGCUCAGCUCUAUUUUUGUACUGCAAAUAUGGGGUUCUGUCUGAGCUGAGGUAGACAAUGUGAAGCAAAACAUGGUCUUUCAACACUUCAGGGUUUUUUAAAUGUUCAACUUUUGAUUUAUAACUGAUCCAAAAUAAAGUCAGUUUAUGUUUUCAU